UCUGAAGGGGGAGAAAACAUUUCCUCAUGAAGGAAAGAAGGAGAGAAGCUUCCAGAACAGAGCAGAAGACUUUUCAUCCUCUCAUUUCAAACUGCUGACUGCUCCUUUCUUCUUUUUCACCUUUUCACUUCAUAUUGAGACCAGAAUUCAACUCAUUUUGACCUGAAAACACUUCAGUCCUUCAAAGGAUCAAACAUCUCACCUGCAUUAAAGCAUAUCAGCACCUCAUCGUGGUCUUUCCAGGAAGUCGAUGAACACAGUGAAGGUUUAGUGAGAUAAAUCAGACUCUUCACAAGGACAAAGAUGAGCUCAACUCCAGAAAUCCUCCUGAAAAUGCUGGAUGAUUUGACAUCUGAAGACUUUAAAAGAUUCAAGUUCCAUUUGACUGAAAUUGGCAUCUUUGAAGGAUGCAACGCAAUCCCAGUAGGACAACGAGAGACACUGGACAAGGUGGACACAGCGACACAGAUACACGACAGGUACAGUGAUCAUGCUCUGGAUCUCAUGAAACUGCUGUUGGAGAAAAUGGGGAAGAAGUGGAUAUGGGAUAAACACACCAUAAACACCACAGAACCUGAAGGGAACGAUGGACCUCAAAAAAUUCUUUUGUCAAUGAUAUCCAAGAAGUGUCAAGAAAAACUGAAGUCCAGACUGAAGAACAAGUUCCAGUAUGUGUUUGAGUUGAUCCCUAAACAAGGAGAGGCUCCCGUCCUGAACGACAUUUACACAGAACUGAAAAUCACUAAGGGAGGGACUGCAGGGGUUAAUAAGGAACAUGAGGUCAUUCAGAAUCCAACAGCAUCCAGGAAAAAAGACAGAGAAGAAGGAAGCAUGAAACCAGAAAAACUCUUUGAAGCCUCACCUGGACGAUCUGAAAAAGUUAGAACAGUGCUGACAAAGGGAGAUGCUGGCUUUGGAAAAACAGUGCUGACACAGAAGUUCACUCUGGACUGGGCUGAAGACAAAGCCAACCAGGACAUCCACUUUAUAUUUGCAUUCACCUUCAGAGAGCUGAAUCUGGAGAAGGAGAAGAAGUUCAGCUUGGUGGGACUCGUUCAUCACUUCUUCACUGAAACUAAAGAAGCAGGAAUCUGCAGCUUUGACGACUUCCAGGUGGUCUUCAUCUUUGAUGGUCUGGAUGAGUGUCGACCCCCUCUGAACUUCCACCAGACUGGGACCCUGACUGAUGUUACAGAGCCCACCUCAGUGGAUGUUCUGCUGAUAAACCUCAUCAAGGGGAAUCUGCUUCCCUCUGCUCGAAUCUGGAUUACCACACGACCUGCAGCAGCCAAUCAGAUUCCUGAUAAAUGUGUGAACAGGGUGACAGAGGUCCAAGGGUUCACUGACGAACAGAAGGAGGAGUACUUCAGAAAGAGGUUCAGAGAGGAGGAGCAGGCCAGCAGGAUCAUCUCCCACAUCAAGAAAUCACAAAGCCUCCACAUCAUGUGCCACAUCCCACUCUUCUGUUGGAUCACUGCUGAAGUUCUGGAGGAAGAGUUGGAGAACAGAGAGGGAAGAGAGCUGCCCAAAACCCUGACUCAGAUGUACAUCCAGCACCUGAAGGUCCAGGCCAAAAUGAACAGUGUCAAGUGUGAUGACGGAUCUACCUCAGAUGAAAUCUGGAGUCCAACGAGCAGGGAAAUGAUAGAGUCUCUGGGAAAACUGGCUUUUGAUCAGCUACAGAAAGGAAACCUGACCUUCGUUCCGUACGACCUGACAGACUGUGGCAUCGACCUCAAAGCAGCCUCAGUGUACUCAGGAAUGUUCACAAAGAUCUUGAAAAAGGAGAAAGGCCUCCACAACAGUGUGUUCUGCUUCAUCCAUCUGAGCUUUCAAGAGUUUCUGGCUGCUCUUCAUGUCCAUCAGAUCUUCAUCAAGUCAGGAAUCAACCUGCUGGAUGGAAAACAGCAAACAUCCAAGAUGUCCAAAGAGAUGAAGACAACACCAACUCUGCACCAUCUCCAUCAGAGAGCUGUGGACGAGGCCUUGAAGAGUCCAAAUGGACACCUGGACUUGUUCCUCCGCUUCCUCCUGGGUCUUUCACUGGAGACCAAUCAGAGUCUCCUUCGAGGUCUGCUGACACAGACAGGAAGUAGCUCACAGACCAAUCAGAAAACAGUCCAGUACAUCAAGAAGAAGCUGAAUGAGAGUCUGUCUGCAGAGAGAAGCAUCAAUCUGUUCCACUGUCUGAAUGAACUGAAUGAUGGUUCUCUGGUGGAGCAGAUCCAACAGUCCCUGAGGUCAGGAAGUCUCUCAAUAGACAUUCUGUCUCCUGCUCAGUGGUCAGCUCUGGCCUUCAUCUUAAUGUCAUCAGAAGAAGAUCGGAAAGAGUUUGACCUGAAGAAAUACUCUGCUUCAGAGGAGGCUCUUCUGAGGCUGCUGCCAGUGGUCAAAGCCUCCAACAAAGCUCUGUACGUACCUCGUGAACUAAUAUGGAGACCUGCGUGAGCUUCACAUCAAGCACAGAUAUUAUGAAGUUUCCAAUGAAUGUUUGAAGAUAAUAUGAGUUUCUUUUUGUUCAUCAGGUUUUGUCAUCUUGUAAAAAAAUCAGCCUGGAAAAUCCAGAUUGGUGAAUGUGUCAACAAAGGAUUUCCAUGGUCUUUAAAA